AUGCUCGCCACCGCCUGCUUUGAAGGUCGGCUGGACGCGCUGGGCGCUCGGGGCUGUGCCGGCACCGACUACUUCCCGUCAGGUCAGGGCGUGUUCUCGCAGGGACAGCCGCACGGCCCGGGCCAGGUGACAUACCCGCAGGGCGCGCGGGACGCCGGCCUGUGGAGCCGCGGACGGCUGAUCCGCCUGCUCGUGCCGUCCCCGGCGGCCGUCCGGUUCGACCUGCUCCUCACCGGACACUAUGUCGGCUGGUACGAGCGGCGCGUGCUGCACGUGCGGGAGCCGGAGACCCAGCUGGAGACGGUGCUGAAGAGCCUGGAGGGGGGUCGGAGCGUCGCCGACUGCCCGCCGGAGCAGCUGGACCGGCUGACCAACCCGAAGCUGCGCGACCGACGCACUGCCGGCUUUCCCAGCCACCGGUACAGCUCCGCAGCCCGGCCACUGGCUCCAGUCCACAUGCUGGCCUGGAACGACACGACUGCGCUCUGCGAGGUCCAGGAGCACACCUACCGCACAGAGAAGACGGGCAGGUUGGACAUGGAGGUGGUCAGUGUGCACAUGCAGGAGCUUCUGCGGCCUGACCGCGUCGGGCAACUGCCCAGCGGUCGGCUGGAGCGGAUGCGGGGUCACGCGGCAGCCGUGAACACGCUGCUGGACCACGGCGCUGACGUGAACCACGUGACGGACGAGGGCGUGUCGGCACUGAGCGUGUGCCUGGCGCUGCACCACCCCGACUACGCCACCAAGUACCACCUGGACCAGCUGGCCGUGUUCACUUACCCGGACCUCACACAGGAGUUCGCCGGCGUGGUGGAGUGGCACGGCGGCGCGGACGUGCCGCGGGACUCGACGCUGCCCGAGGGCUCCACGCCGCGAGAGAGGUCGGUGCCGCCCGAGGGCUCCGCGCCGCCUGAAGGGUCGGAGCCGCCCGAGGGUUCCGCGCCGCCAGUUGGCUCCGCACCGUCCGAGGGCUCGGAGGCACCGGAGUCCGAGCCCGACUGCUCGCAGGGACGCACCACGCCGCCCGACUGGGCCGCCGGAGGCCUGGAGGACGCCCCGGAGGUGAUGCGGCGCGCGACGCUGACUCAGCUUGACACAGCCCGCACUGAGGGCGGCGGCGGGCCACCGUCGGGCGCGCUCCGGUGCUGCCCCUCUCUGGACCGCGUGCCGGAGGCGGUCGGACGCCACGAGAGCCGCCAGGAGACGGCCGUGCGCCUUAUCGAGGCGUUCUGCUCGGGGACGGAAGGCAACUGGAGGGAGGCCGAGUAUUCCACGCCCUCUCCCAGAACGGUGGACGCUCUGCCGAUGAUAAAGCUGCUGCUGCGGCGCGGAGCGAGCCCCGAGGCCAGCAAAGUGCCGUUCCCGGCCGUGCACCACGCCCUGCUGGCCGACGACAAGCCGCUGCUGGUCACACUGCUAGCGGCUGGGGGCGACCCCAACAGCAGGCUGUCGCGCCAGCUGGGAGGUCUGGCGCCGCUGCACGUCUCGUGCGCGCUGCCGGGAGAGGACUGCCUGAAGAUGACCUCACUCCUGCUGGCCCGCGGCGCCGACCCGAACGUCACCGCCGACCCGACCGAGGCGCUGCUGGACGUGGACGUGCUGCAGCGCCGUCAGCUCGCUCUGCCGCAGCCGCUGACACCUCGCACCCCGCUGCACGUGGCCUGCGACCGGCCCGGGCCCACCUACGAGGACAGGGUGGUCAACCGACGCCUGAUGGACCUGCUGGAGGGCGCCGGCGCCGACGUCGAGGCGCUCUGCAACGGCCACACGGCCAUGACGCUGGCGCUGCGCGGCGGCGACAUGACGCUGGCCGUGGACCUGAUGACUCUGCUGACAGCGCCGCCACACCACCUGAAGGGCGCCCAGCGCAGCCAGAAGAAGCAGCGCGAGGCGUUCCUCGACUUCCUCGCCGACCUGCUGGCCGACGAGCUGAUGCGUCACGAGCAGAUGGCGCCGCUGGUCAACGAGGGCCUGUUCGAGGAGGCCGACGUGGCGACGGCCGAGCUGGCUGGUCGGGAGGAGUCCGGCGCCGACCCGCGCGCGCCCCGCGGCGGCGCCGAUGGGCAGCGACGCAAGCGCACCAAGCGGAAGCGAGUGCUAUUAUCGGCAGAGUGCUUCUGCCCGCUGUGCGACCGCGUGCUCGGCAAGUGCUUCAAGGGCUGUCCAAACUACGGUCUGCCGUCUCCCAAGCUGAUGUCGGCAGAGCUGGCUGAGCUGGACACGGCAGACAUCGACUACGGAUCGGACCUCGAGGCCGACUUGGACGAGGACGAGGACGGGACGAGAAGGGGCGCACGUGGCCGGCAGCGGCGCAGGCGGCGUGCAGAGGCAGCAGAAGGGAGCGCGGAAAUGCGGGUGGAAGUGGGUGCUCUGCUCGGUCCUGACGGCAAGCCGCUGAAGUGCGCUGCUUGCCACAAGAACAUCAAGCGGCGGAAGAUCCUGUGCUCCGCCUGCAAGCAGGUCAUAUACUGCAGCAAGCAGUGCCGUGCCAGCGACUGGGACAAGAAUCACAAGAAUACCUGCCCGGCGCGCAGUCAGAUGUCGCUGGCGCGCAUACAGAGUUCGGUCACCAGCCAGGUGUCCGGCGCGACCCGACUGACAUCUGGCGCCAGCUCGCGAAAGAAACGCCAGGAGUCCGGCCGCCGGGCGGACGGCAAGCGAAAGAAGGGCAAAGGUGGGAAAGGCGACGGCGAAGACCGGGACGGCCGCCGCGGCCGGCGAGGCCACUCGCUGGACUCUGGCGAGGCAGGGGACGGAGAAGGCGGGCGGCGCAGGCGCGGGCACGGACCACCGCGCGGCGCCCGCUCCCUGGACGCCCGCCACCCUGGGCACUCGGGCCUGACGCCGAUGAAAAUGCCCCCCGGGCUGGCGGCCUUCCUCAGCCAGUUCCAAGGCUUCCACAUCGGCGCCUGUCGCCACCUGAUCCUGGGAGAGUGGUACGAGGACGACUGCAAGAUGAAGCAGAACUACAGCUUUAUUUAAGCUCCAGACUGAUGCUCUUGUAGCAUCGCUAACGCGUGCUGUCCAGUGCCCUGUUCUGUGCCGUUCCUUGAAACGACGAAGUCUUUGCUUUGCUUCGUUGAAUAAAGUUUAAAUCCGUUGCUG